AAAGUUGCUAGCUUCCAUAACCAUUGCGGCUGAGUCCAUUAUCAUUUGACAAUAGUGCCCUGACACAUAAAGAUGGCAGCUUCGCGUGCUCAGAAACAAAAUGCGAUAUCAGCAUUGUUCUUCGACUUAGAUAACACGUUGAUACCGACAAGAAAAGCGGAUACAUUGGCUUGUAUGAAGAUUGCCGAAUUACUGCACGACGAGCACAACAUAUCUCGCGAGCAGGCGUCCCUAAUUACCCAGAACUAUGUGAAAUCAUUUCGUCUCUGCCCCGACAACCUCGAAUGCGACCUAAACACGUGGCGCUGCCAUCUUUGGUCUAAGAGUCUCACCGAACAAUACAACCAUUUAACGCAGAGAGUCUAUUUAAAAUGGUUGCAAUUGCGAUAUUAUUAUCUUUCGAUCGACGACAACGUCAGAAAGAUGCUGAUCAGCUUACGCAAGCAGUAUUUAUUGGGCCUGAUCACAAAUGGCCCAAGUUCCGCCCAGUGGGAGAAAGUGGAGAGAUUGAAUCUGACAAGUUUAUUCGAUUGCAUUAUAGUUUCGGGUGAUCUACCAUGGGCGAAACCGGAUCAGAAGAUAUUUUUGGAAGCAUGCAAAUAUCUUGGCGUUGAGCCAAAACGGUGCGUGAUGAUUGGCGACAAAUUGGAGACCGACAUACAGGGCGGUAUUGAAGCAGAACUUGGAUUAACCAUCUGGCUACCAUUAGACAAGAAUUGCGUUGUUGAGCACGAGUCUAUUCAGCCAGAUUUUACAAUAUCGAACAUCUUAGAACUUCCUCAAAUUUUACCACCUGCUGGAUUGAAAUCUGCGGCUUACAGGUCGAGGGCAGUUGGAAACCAUCAGCUUCAGAAUGGUGAUAAGUCACUGAAUUACUUGCAGAAUCGUAGAAUGUUGUCUAUGCCUGAAUUCGAAGAUUGCAAUAGCAAUAGCUCAGAUGGAAGUUGAUGCCACUUGCUGAAACGGUUUGGAGAUCAUUUCUUUGUUUUUGACCAACGUCUGUUGAAAUAAGAAUUCUAAUUGAAAACUACCAAAGCAUGCUGUAGAUUCAUGUUUCUAAACGAUGAGUGAUGCAUGAAUAAGAUUCAUCGUUUAUUUAGAGUUAGAUAAUUGGUUCAUUAUAUUUGUGCUCUGGUUUAUGCAUAUAAUUGACAAUGGUGUCAAAAUUGUGACAUCGAUAUGUUUCCUUCUUCAUUUUAUUGUCAAAUCUGGCGCUGUUGUAGUAUUAUAUUUUAAUAUACAGGGUGUACCGGUUUUUGAGAAUUAAGACUUUUGUUAAUUAUGUAUACUUAAUACAUAUUUUGAAAGUUGGUCUACUUUAAGAGCCUUUCCUUUAAAAAAUGUACUA